UAGUGCCAGCUGUUUCGACCCUUUUCCACCAUAGAGGACAGAAGUGACGAGAAACUGACAUAAUGGGUCGUCAUUUCUUUAACAUGAAAAGCCAUGGAGCUGGCUUUGUGGAAUAUAACCUGUCUCCAUUUGAACAGAGAGCUUUUGGAGGAAUGUUGAAACAUGGAAUUGCAAAUACAGCUGCAAGAUUUGGGCGCAAAUUGCAUCUCCUUAUCCCUUUCUAUGUUUACUACAAGUGGCAAGAGUAUUGCUUCUGGGCAGUUGAACAAAGCCACAGGAAAAAGAACCUGCCAGAAUAUGAGGAAUAUUUUGCCAGUUUGAAGGAACAGAAGUAGAGACCUUAAUACUGUGUUAUUUAAUAUUGUUUCUGAUACAUGAACACUUUUCAAUAAAUGAAAUUUUAUGUG